CACCAAUGCGAUAUGAAGCGGCGCGACGAUUGAUUAGCCUGGGAACAAUGCUUGGCAACAUGAGCAGAAUCAAUUCUCCGAGUCAAUUUCGAACCGCGCAGGCCAUCUUCACGUCCGUCGCAAUGAUAUAAAAAGGUCUAGGAUUUCCGCCAUCUGGAAACAAAAAUCAGUCCAUCAUCAACAGCUUCAAUCACCUUACAAUUCAAGCCUCUCUUCACCAACCUCACCUCUUCAACCCUUCAACCACCAUCAAAAUGGCCAAGUUCCAGAACACCAAGACUGACAAGUCCACCACCACCCUCGGCUGCACCGUCAUGGCCAAGCCCACCAACAAGAUCGACGAGUACCACACUACUAUCGGCUGCACCGUCAUGGCCAAGCCCCAGGUCAAGAAGAUUGACGAGUACCACACUACCCUCGGCUGCACCAUCAUGUAAAGAGUCUCAUGUGUGAGAUAUCAGACGAGAUUGCAUCUCUCGGGAAUCGGCACAGACCACAACCAACGACUCACGAUUCAGAUGGAUGGGAUUCAAGUCUACCCCCGAAUGUGUUA